ACCAACGUACAUCAUCACAUCCACAGCCACCAUCAACGUACAUCAUCGGCAUCAACGCACAUCAUCACAUCCGCAUCUGCAUCUGCAUCCGCAGGGAUAGGAUCGACCCCCCCCCACCAACACUGUCCCAAUCGCAGCCCGCUCAGCCCCGCCCGGCCUGCUCCCGCCCUCGGUCGCCGCCGCAAUUGCCCCCAGGGACCAUCCAGGGCCCAGGGAACAUCUGCCCGUCGUCGGCGCUCCUCUGCCCUUCCUUUCCUCCCCGCUUUCCACUCACCAAGAUCCCUUAGGCACCCUCGGCUUGCCCGUCGCUCGUUCCCACAGUCCGUCCCCCAUUCCUGUGCACCCCCAGCAGCAGCCAUGAAGAUUGCGCUCGUCUCCCUGCUCGUGGGCAUCUCGCUCCUGGCCGUCCCGGCCCUGGCAAACAGCCCUUCGCCUCGUCCUCGCGACUACACCACCACUCCCAUCCAGACGACUUCGUCGCCCAGCAAGCCCUCAGUCGCCCCAAAGAUCGCCCACAGCCGCUCGUUCAUGACCGCCACGCCAACAUCCGCAACACCCGGCGGCCAUCCCGUCCCGCAUCCAUCGUCUCCGCGGUAUUCCACCACAGCAACCAAGACGCGUAUCUACCCGACCCCAGAGCCAAAGGACCUAUAAUUGAGGAGACGAGCAGCCCAUCCACCCACUUUAUGCUCAGCAUUGUUGUUGUAGGUGCGCUGUUGCGUCUGGAAGCGUGACAGUCUGAGAAAGUCGAAUGACGUGCUCGGGAUCCAGCAGAGCCCGUCGGCUGCGCUUGGCGAAAGAGGUUUUCUCUGACAUCCGUCUCUCGGAGACAGUCAAUGUCUUGGCACAAUAUAGAAUAAUCGCUGGCCC